CCUUCCGGUUUGCAAAGCAAAGGCCGGAAGUGUUGGCUUGUAGCUGCUCUCCGUGUGGCAAGGUGGUGGUGGCCGCAGCGAGCGCUUCCCCGAGGCUCUCUGGUUCUCGCGCCUGUGUAGGGACUUAACCACCACCAUGUCGAGCAAAAGGGCAAAGACCAAGACCACCAAGAAGCGCCCUCAGCGCGCCACGUCCAAUGUGUUUGCUAUGUUUGACCAGUCACAGAUUCAGGAGUUCAAAGAGGCCUUCAACAUGAUUGAUCAGAACCGAGACGGUUUCAUCGACAAGGAGGAUUUGCAUGAUAUGCUUGCUUCACUGGGGAAAAAUCCAACUGAUGAGUAUCUGGAUGCCAUGAUGAAUGAGGCUCCAGGCCCCAUCAAUUUCACCAUGUUUCUCACCAUGUUUGGUGAGAAGUUGAAUGGCACAGAUCCAGAAGAUGUCAUCAGAAAUGCUUUUGCUUGCUUUGAUGAAGAGGCAACUGGCACCAUUCAGGAGGACUACCUGAGAGAGCUGCUGACAACCAUGGGAGACCGGUUUACAGACGAGGAGGUGGACGAGCUGUACAGAGAAGCUCCCAUUGACAAAAAGGGGAACUUCAAUUACAUUGAGUUCACACGCAUCCUUAAACAUGGAGCGAAAGACAAGGAUGACUGAGAGAACUUCAUAUUCCAGCCAAAUGUUCCUUGUUGCCACUUUGGGUAUUUCUGAGAUUUUUCUCUUAGAGCCUGUUGCAUGCCGUUAGCUUUACAGCUUUUGCCUUUCUUGUUGUAUUUAUUCUCAGCCAUUUGGGGCACAUGUAUCUUUAUAAUCAGACUGGAAAUGGGACUUUUUGUCAUUUUCAGAUUAGAAAAUAGGGUAAUUUAACUUACCACCCCUCCCAUAACUGUAGUCUAUACAGAGUUGAUAUAUUUUUUCAGAGAAAGUUAUCCAUUGAAUUUUUUCUGAACCAUCAUUAAACUUUAUGAUAAAAUA